AUGCGCACCCGGCACUACCGCGGCUUCUUCGAUCUCUUCGGCCGCGACACCGCUCUCAGUAAAGCAUGCUGCAUGUCCCCGAAGGUCCCCGAGCUCCCUCAGCGACAAGCCAACCGCCAUUACCCCAAAGGCGACACGGGUCGCAGGGACGCGUUGGGUGAUGUGAGCGACCUGUCGAGUGACAAGUACGGCGAGCACCUGUCGAAGGAGGAGGUCGAGGCCUUUGUCGCACCCACGUCGAAUAGGACUGCAGCUGUAACAGCAUGGAUGAAUGAGAAUUGGCCAAACGCCACUGCUACCUCUUCGGCCUCGGGACCAACGUCUCAGUUGCACAGGCCAACUCGCUCCUGUCCGCAAAGUAUUCACUCUUCACGCACGAUGGCACCGGCGCUGAGGCCAUCCGCAGUACCCCAGCUGCGCGAUUCGAUCAAUGAAUUGAGAGCGGACGUGGGCUGGAACCUUGAUGAACAGUACGCCGUAGGUCCUGCCAUUGACAUUCCCGCCCACUUCAUUACUGUCGGCGGCUCCUUCGACGAUGCCCUGCUCGACGCUGCAACUACCUCCUUAGCAUGGACAUCCCGCCGCAAGUCGUCUUAA